CAUGAAGGGCAAGUAUGUGGAACUUACACCAGAAUAUAUUUACUCGUACAGAAACCAGGGUGGUUUUGAUAUGAUAUGUAGUGGAAGAGAUAAGAUUGAAACUCCAGAGCAGUUUCAACAAGCUGCAGAUACUGCCGCGAAGCUUGAUUUGGAUGGACUUCUUGUUAUUGGUGGGGAUGACUCUAACACAAAUGCCUGCCUCCUUGCUGAGAAUUUCAGGGGAAAGAAUUUGAAAACUCAGGUGAUUGGGUGUCCAAAAACCAUUGAUGGUGACUUGAAAUGCAAAGAAGUCCCAAUAAGUUUUGGGUUUGAUACUGCUUGCAAGAUAUAUGCAGAAAUGAUUGGAAAUGUCAUGAUAGAUUCCAGAUCAACUGGAAAAUAUUAUCACUUUGUGCGGCUUAUGGGGCGUGUAGCUUCACACAUAACACUUGAAUGUGCUUUGCAAACUCAUCCAAAUAUUACAAUUGUUGGAGAAGAGAAUCAGUAUCGUUAUGUUAAAGGAAAGGUAUUAGAUGUGAUUGACCUCCAAGAUGCUUCACGUAUAGUAGGGAACAAAAGAAUUAGAUCCCCUGAUUUAGCGUCAAAGGGACAGGGUGUCUCAGAUAGCAGUAAUGUGAAAGUCAAAGGGGAAAUUGAUGAUCACUCUUUUCAGUCAGAAACAAAGGUUCGGUGCCUCUGUGGGAUUUCAUCAGAAAAGGAGUCAAUGAUCAAGAUAACAAGGGAUACUAGUGGAGUUCCUAAGGUUCUUACAAGGUUAGAUGCACCCUCAUCACCCUUGGCUGACACCAUGACAUAA